AACAAUAAUGUAACUGGCCCCUCUAACAGUACAACUGGCCCCAGCUUGGUCCCACAAGUUGAAAAUGGACUAAAAACUCUCCUGUGCUCGAGUUGUCUGAUUAAUCAGAAGCUUGUGACCCUCUCCAUUCCACACCAUGACAUUCACAGGGGCAAUAUAAAAAGGCAUCGACUGACACUUCAAACACAGACAGAACAGCAGGCUCACCUUCCUCUUAUUUGAUUGGUGAGUUUUUCAACUCAACUAGGAGGUGCAGCUAAAUGUUGCCGCUGGCCAACAUGAUCCAUUUGCUGGUCUUUGCUUUGGUCUCAGGACUGCUUGUGAGCUCUGUGACCCCUCAAGACCUUAAGGCAGGUUCAAAGAGUCCGCACUAUCCACCCAAUCCAGACUAUCCACCCGAUCCGGACUAUCCACCCCAUCCACCCCAUCCACCCCUUCCACAACAUCCACAACGUCCAUACCGUCCAGACCGUCCAGACCGUCCAGACCGUCCAGACCGUCCAGACUAUCCAGACCGUCCUGACCGUCCAGACCGUCCUGACCGUCCAGACUAUCCAGACCGUCCUGACCGUCCAGACCGUCCUGACCGUCCAGACCGUCCUGACCGUCCAGACUAUCCAGACCGUCCAGACUAUCCAGACCGUCCAGACCGUCCACACCAUCCAGACCCUCCACACUGUCCACACCUUCCACACCAUCCAGACGCUCCAUACUGUCCACACCAUCCUAUCGACCCCAUAAAACCAAUUCCCUUGCCUGAUUAUACGAACAUCAAAUGUUGGACGGAGUGGUUUGACAGGGACGACCCCUCUGGGACUGGAGACUAUGAGACCCUCGCACAGCUCCGCUCAGAGAACCCCGGAAAGAUCUGUCUCCAUCCUGUACAGAUAGAGGUCACCACUACCAGUGGAGGGAGUCUCCCUACUGGAAAUGUUAUUGCGGCAAUGGACACAAUCACAGGCUUUGUCUGUAAAAAUGCAGACCAGCAUCCGCACAAACCACGCUGUUUCGACUACCGUGUCCGGUUCAGCUGCCACCCACCAUUUUGUGCAUCUUCAGGAGUGUGCUGGACCAAGUGGUUUGAUCGUGACAACCCUAGUGGGACAGGUGACUGGGAAACCCUUACUAACCUCCAUCAAGAGAACCCUGGAGUCAUCUGUGCUCAACCCCUCUACAUAGAGAGCGUUGUCGUGGGAACCAACGCCCCUGCCUGGGGGCAGAAUUUCCUCUACUACAAUCCAACCCAGGGCUUCGUCUGCCGCAAUCAGGAUCAGAAAGGCAAACAAUGUCUGGAUUACAAAGUGAGAUUUGCGUGCCCAUGUGGGUGCCCAUGUGGUUGCUCCACUGGUUGCUAAUUCACUGUGAAGCUAUAUGGGUCUCAAAGUUAAUAAAUGGAAAUCUGGACUUAAUAAACAGGCUAGUUUAGUUCAAACUCUUUGACCAUGUUUCCUUUGUUCCAUCUUCAAAUCAUCUGACCUUGUAAUGUGCAUCAGAGCAGUAUUGUGGUUUUAAAUUGUGGCAAUUGUGAACAGUUGGACUGCCUUAGCAUUUACUUGUGGAAUUAAGGUAUUGAGAGGUAAAGUGCGGUAUCCUGGAGCAGACAAUAAACACUGAUCGACUCAAUCCAUCUCCUCUCCUCUACCCCUCCAUCCGGUCCACUGUGUGGCUGUGUACUGUUUUAAUGUUAAUGUUCAUUUAUUUACACUGUUCCUCUUGAUAAAAUAAACUGAAAUUGAAAUUGAA